AUGGAGAACAGGACAAGGAGAUUUAGUACGGUCACACAGUUGAAUCCAGAAACUCUAGAGACCGUAGAGAAUGCAGCUGGUACAAAACCUGCCGCUCCUCUUGAUACUAUAGGAGAAGAGCCACCAGAAGAAUACAAGGGAACGCGGAAGUUCACAGCUACGUUUGGACAUUUGGCACUGUACAAAGGGCCUGAGGAUGAGGGACAACAGGCUUCCUUUAUUUCUGGGUAUACGACACCCGGUCCAAAGGAAAGAGCCAAAAGCGAUCAUAAGAAGGCCAAUCUCGGAGUCCUUCUUGGUGUCUACUUACCCACAAUUCAACAUAUUCUUGGCGUUACCAUGUUCAUUCGACUAUUCUGGGUAGUAGGCAUGGCCGGACUAUGGUGGACACUAGUGCUACUUGCUAUAUGUUGUUCAUGUACACUACUCACUUCUAUCUCCUUGUCAGCGGUAGCCACCAAUGGAGUUGUCGAAAGUGGUGGAGCUUACUUCAUCAUCAGUCGCAACUUGGGAGCUGAGUUUGGCUCAGCUGUUGGCAUACUGUUCUAUCUGGCAAACACUGUAGCUGCAUCCAUGUACAUCGUUGGUGGUGUAGAAGUCUUACUGAUGUACAUCGUACCUGACAUGGCUAUAGGUGGUCGCGAAGCAUUGCAUGACACAGAUCCACUUGGGCCUCUUUACAAUAACUACCGUAUCUAUGGUACUGCAUUUUUACUCGUGCAAGUGCUUAUAGUGGCUAUGGGAGUGAAGUUUGUGCAACUGCUGGCACCGGUAUCUUUACUCUGUGUUAUUCUGGCUAUUCUUGCCUGUUUUGCUGGAGGUAUCGAAAAGGCUAUAACCGGAUCCGGGCAAAUGGUCUGUUCGCUGGAUGAUCGUUUAAUACAAUCUGCAGUACUGUAUAAAAAUCACAAUUCAUCGCAUACGAACAUUACCAAUCCUACAAUUUGUGAUGUUUGCGAUAAAAGUCCUGGGCUUACCCAUUUAUUCUGUGACUCCGGGGAAUUUUGUUCCGAUUAUACAAAGGUGAAAAUCGCUUGCACACAGGGAUUUCCUGGAAUCAACUCUGCUACCCUCAAAGACAAUCUUGACCCUGGAUAUAUGGCACGAGAUGAGGUACUGCCAGGAAUGCGAGGAAAGUCUGAUGCAGAAGUCGUGCAAGAUGUGACCUCCACAUUCUUCCUCUUGUUAGCCAUCUACUUCCCAGCAGUGACAGGAAUUAUGACUGGGACAAAUAUGAGCGGUGACUUACGUGAUCCUCAACGUUCGAUUCCAAGCGGAACCAUAGCUGCCACGGUUUCAACUUCUAUCAUUUACUAUGCUCUGGCUAUACUAUUUGCUGCCAGUGUGGACAGAUCCGUGCUCAGAGAUAAGUUUGGUCGAUCUAUCGAUAACAGCAUGGUUGUCUCUACACUUGCAUGGCCUUCACCUUGGGUUGUAACAGUUGGCUCAUUUCUCAGCACAUUUGGUGCUGCUCUUCAGUGCUUGUGCAGUGCCCCACGUCUACUUCAAUCUAUUGCUAAAGAUGACGUAAUCCCAAUUCUAUCACCUUUUGCAAAAGUCACUUCUAACAAUGAGCCGCUCAUGGGGCUAUUAUUGACUACUUUCAUCGCAGAACUAGCCAUAUUGCUCGGAGCAGUCGAUAGAAUCGCUGAGGUUCUCGACUUCUUCUUUCUAAUGUGCUAUGCGUUUGUCAAUCUCAUCGCUUUUCUUCAUUCCAUACUUCGCGCUCCCAACUGGAGACCUCGUUUCAAGUAUUUCCACUGGGUCCUCUCCCUUAUUGGUGCAUUCCUAUGCUUCUUCAUUAUGUUUGCAUCAGAUUGGCAUCUUGCUCUUAUCGCGUGUGGAAUGACCUUUGCCAUAUAUAAAUAUGUGGAAUGGAAAGGAGCCAAAAAGGAAUGGGGAGAUGGAAUGCGUGGACUAGCUCUAACAACAGCACAAUAUUCUCUGCUAAAGGUGGAGGACAAAGAUCCGCAUCCAAAAAACUGGCGACCACAACUGCUGAUUUGCUUAUCAACUACAUGGUCCAAAGAAAUAAUAGAUUUGCGAGCAAUGUCAAUGCUAAAUCUGGGAGCACAACUGAAAGCUGGACAAGGAUUAGCAAUAGCAUGUGCCUUUUUGAAAGGAUCUGCUGAUAGUGCUAAGGACAAAAUACAUGCGAAGCAGGUCAAAGACCGUCUGACAAAAGACAUGGCUAAAACGAGAUUACGGGGAUUCAGCAAAACCAUCUUUUAUUCACCAGAGCAGAUGAGCGGAUCUGUAUCAGCACUAUUUCAAUCAAUCGGAAUAGGUGGUUUACGACCCAAUACCAUACUUCUAAGCUGGCCAAAAACUGGUGAUCCAGAAGAAUUGGAGCUUUUCACAGAAAAGCUCAUCUACGGUGUGAUCACUGAAAACUGCGUUUUGGUCGCAAAAGGUAUCACCGAUUUUCCUGACAGCAAUGAUCGUUUGACAGGGUAUAUCGACAUUUGGUGGGUAGUAAUGGACGGAGGCAUCUUGAUGCUCAUCGCUUAUCUUCUCAAGCAGCACAAGGUAUGGCGUGGAUGUACACUUCGUAUUUUCGCCAUAGGCGACAACGAGUCUGGUAAAAACGAGGAUAUUCGUAAAGAUUUACAAAAAUACAUCUACAUGUUGAGAAUCGACGCCGAAGUCUUUAUGGUGAAUUUGUUGGAUAUGGAGGUGUCGGAUGAAGUUGUUGCAAAGACAGCAGAAUUAGAGAAACGUCAGCAAAGCAUCAGGCAUGAGCUCAGAAACUUCCAAAGAAGUAGAUCACACGAAAGUGGCUUUACAAAUGAUGCAUACAAUAAUGAUGAUACCAUCAAUAGCAGGAAACUUCGGCUAAAUGACUCUGUACGAAGUUUUACGCCUAUAGUAAUCAAUAUCAAUGAGGACGCCGAAACGUCAUUUAUAGACAACCCUGCCGAUGGUCUCUACCGGCCAUCAACACCGAGCGAUGAAAGCGAAAAUGGCGACGUGAAAUUAAAUGUUCAUAAGAUGAACACAGCCGUUCGCCUAAACCAUGUCAUCAAGGAAAAUUCACCAGAUUCGCAGCUUGUACUUCUUACGUUGCCUCGUCCACCAAAGAAUCGUAGCAUGUUCCAAAAUUCAUAUAUGGUAUACCUGGAUGUGUUGACAGAAAGCUUGCAACGAGUGCUGUUCAUCGGUGGCAGCGGUAAAGAGGUGAUCACUAUCGAUUCGUAAGAUGAAAAGAGAUUACCAACGACUCGUGAUCUCUUGGCUUACACUAUCCCCGAGCUUACUUCUACAAUUAUUUUUUGAGAUUGUUUAGAUUUUCACAACUCAGUAAUCACAUGAGCUUCUCUUCAAUGCAAUAUCAUGACAAAUAAUCAGUACCGUGACGCAGCCUUAUACUAAGCAUUAACUUUCUGUUCAUUCUGAG